UUAGAACUCAGUCUGGAUGGCUUCUUUUCACGAUGUUCGCAGGAUUCUGCAGAAGUGGGACAAGGGCAGUCCCAGCGUCCGCCAGGCGAUGCUACGUGACUUCGUCUCCCAGUGUUCUAACAUGACUGCUCCGGAACUGGAGCGACAGUUCUCCGACUGUGCGAGUCUCUUCCUGGCCCGUCUCACCGUCUGGCUCCGCAUCAACUACCUGCGAGGCCCGCUCAAACUACUCCUGAAAGCCAUCAGCAUCUUCCUCUCCUCUGCUAGCGGGAACCAUUUCCUGGCCGAGUUCCUGGAGGUGGGCGGGGCUCUGACGGUGCUGGAGGUGGUGGGAGUGAGGGGAGGGAGGGAGGAGAACAAGGCUGGGGGACUGAGGCUGCUGGCUAUUGUCGCAGAUCGCGGUCGGCAGUUCAGGGAACUGCUGUGUGAGAGUUUCGGUCAGUUCUUCUCCCUCACGUACACCGUCAAGCUUUUUGACUGCCCCAUUCCACCCAGAAUAUCCCCUCUUCCCCCUCCCUCUGUAGCGGUGAAGGUGGUGGCAGAGUGUCUGGCCCACUCAUCAUCUGAAGAGACUCAGGAAUUGGCUCAGAAUCUACUCCACCAACUAUUCACUGGGAACCCUCACUACCAGAGUCAGGUGUACAAGGCUCUCAUUGGUCUGCUGUCUUCCUCCUCUCCUGCUGCCCAGAGAAUGGCAGCCCACACACUCACUCUGGUCCAGCCUGCCAUGGGAGCAGUGAGUGUGGCUAUUGUGGAACCAACACUGCAGUUGCUGCGUAGCCCACACGCCAGUGUCCAACGUGAAGCUGGUUGUCUUCUGGAGGAGCUAGUUGUCAGUGAAGAGGUUCAGCUGUCUAUACUGACUGGACUAGUCGGUCUCCUCAAACUACCCGACAGUCAUCUGCCACAUCUUACCAAUCAGAAUGCAGUUCCCAGUCCAGUCCACCUCCAGCAGGCCGGGGCAGCCAAAACCAUCAGUUCACUGAUCACCACUACUGGUCCAGAGCUCACAGACACACUGAAUGAUCUGAAAGUGGUUCCCCAUCUUCUCCAUGCAAUGGCAAACACUGCUCACUCUGACUGCCAGAAACAAGCCUCUCUGGCUCUUCACGUUCUGCUGAAGGCGGUACCAACUGUGGCUGAUGACAUCCGACGCAUGAUUGGAGAUUCUUUUCUUGAGAAAUUCCUGGCCAGUCCAGUCACAUGUUAUUCCUCCCUCUCUCCCUCCGAACUUGACGUCCUCCUGGCUGCAGUUGCCUUGGAGACGAACUCUUGACCUCACAUCAUAUUUCCUUAUCACCAUCAACCAUCAUAAUGUUCAAAAAUGCAUUAUAAUACAAUAAUAUACACAGUCUGUUAUUCACACACCCUCUAAAACGUGAUAAAAAUGCAUGUUAUAAUGGAGCUAUAUGCUAUAUGUCAGUCAGCCAUAAGAGAGAGAGAGAAGAGAGUGUUGCUACUGGUGGGGAGCUUUCCACUUCCUCAUCUCAUGUCCGCCCUGAUUGGGGUGGGCUCGGCCCACAUUCCUGUUCCGGAGAAUGGUCUGGCGACGCUCCGCCCUUGCCUUCACGUGUUCGGGGCGAGGGAGGACGAGAUGGAUGAUGAGGAUGAGGACAAAGAUGCCGAUCAGGAGCCCCACACCUCCCGCCAGGACCGCCCACCACUUGUCUCGGACAAAGUCCAGGGCCUGGUUCACGUUGCCGGGGGAGAACAGAUUGGUCAGUCUGUCCAACGCUCCUUCACUGUCGACCUGGAAGCAGUUGUUGAGAAAAUCGCAGUAUCCUCUGAAGUUGUUGCAAGGUGCACCGACGGGGAGCUGCAGUCCUGUCCCCCCAGGCAACAAGGAACUGUCCAUUUCUGCCAGAGCUAUGGUUGACAUGCACUCCUGGUCUUCCAGCUGGCAACACAAAUGACAUUCUUCUUCCUCCGUCACACACGAACAUUGACUGGCGUUCAGGACCACACAGAAUGACCCCGUACACUCCUGUAGUUGGAUUACAUCAUCAUUACGUAAUGAUGGAGACUAUCCACACUAGGAUUAGAUUUCCAGUUGAAUUACAUCAUCAUUACGUAAUGAUGGAAUGGAGCAAGAUUGCUGGAACCUUUACACACAUAGCCCC